UUGCCAGAGUUCUUCUCCAUUGCUCCUUCUAGCUUCAGUUUUCAUCUCUUAAUAAACCCUAGAAUUGAGGAAUCAAACUUUUCAAUUUCACUUUUCCCCAUUUCUUUCGUCGUGGUUUAGAGCUCCUGGAGCUAUUUUCUCCCCCUUUUUAUUUUAUUUCCUGCUUUUCCAGCGAGAAAAUGUCUGAAAUUAAACCUUCUAGACUCUGAUCUGCUGUAUUGUCCUUUUGAAGGCGAGAUAGAGUCUCUCGGUACUUACAAAGCUGGGCAACAGCAUCAAGGAGGAUCCCUCACCAAAAAAGUGGGCAUGCAUGGAACUGAAAUGAAGGUGUUGCAGCUAACUCAAGACCAUCAACAGGAUUCAAAGGAUUUAGAUCAAAUAAACUUCUCAACACAAACAGCAUAUGAGUUGCCAAAUGACCAGCAAAAUAAUGCAUCUGAGGCUCUUGGAGUGGACUCUGAUUCAGUUUCUGUUUCAGGCAAUAACAGCAGAAAAGUUACCCGUGAAGAUAUUGAAGUUGUACAGAAUCUCAUUGAAAGAUGCCUUCAACUGUAUAUGAAUAGGAAUGAGGUGGUAAAUACUCUUUUGCAACAAGCGAGAAUCGAGCCUGGUUUUACAGCAUUAGUAUGGCAGAAAUUGGAGGAAGAAAAUGCAGACUUUUUUAAGGCCUAUUACAUGAGGCUAAUUCUGCAGAAGCAAAUUAUUGUGUUCAAUCAAUUACUUGAGCAUCAGUACCAUCUGAUGAAGUCUUCUACACCUCCAAAGGUUCCGUUAGCUCCUAUUGAGAAUGGGAUUCGGCAACUACCGGUUAACAACCUACCUAUGGUAUACAACAUUCCCCAGCAGCCUCCAUUUCCAUCAACAGGUCCUCCCCAGCUUGGCUCUGUCGGAAGUGUACCUAGCUGUCAUCUGGCAAAUGGAAUCCCCACAUCAGGCAAUUUCCAUCCCAUGCAAAUAAAUGCUGGGAAAGAGACGGUGAUGAACAUAAGCCCAGCUGGCCCAAUACCUGCUGUACCUGCUAUCAAAUCAGAAAUUGCUUCGACUCUUACAUCAGUUACAUCCAAUGGUCAAUUUCCUUUUACACCUACAGAAAUAUCAGAAUUGAGUGUGAAUGCUUCAGCACUUGACUCUGCGUAUGCAUCCCAUAUGACAAGUCCAGAGGGGCUGCAGCUUGGACUUGAUUCUGGUACUGACAAUUCUAGGGAACUCCAACCAUUUUGUCAAGUUCCCUGGACUUUGAGCUUCUCAGAUCUGACUGCAGACUUGGCAAAUGUGGAAGAUCAUGGACAGCUGGGAAACUAUUCAGGUUCUGAUAUAUUGCUUGAUUCUCCAGAGCAAAAUGACAUUGUUGAGGAGUUCUUUCUUGAUAAUGUUCCUGCCCCAGGCAAUCAAAAAGAGGAAUGAUAUUUAAAGAAGAUGCCCUUCUAACUGCAAUCCCAGUUAAACUCAGAUGCUACUAGUUCCAAAGACAAGUCCCAUUAUCCGUGUGGGGGAUCAGUUGUCUGUGGUCCUUCAGUUGUAUAGUCGCAUCUAGCAUAAAUUUGAUACCUCAGAAAAAACUAGGCAGAAAUUAGUUCUUAAUUAUAAUUGCAGAUCUUUACUAACUACCGCAUAUUUCAGCAAUGUCGAUAAUGUAGAUACAAUGAUAUAUCUUCAAUGAAGUUUUUUGAGUGAACUA